AUGAUAAAAUGGCAUCGGCGGCGAGCGAUAACAAAUACAAAAUCGAUCGAUGAGAAGGAAGUAGCGACGGUGCAUUUGACGUUUUAUCCGAAGGCAAUGUCGAAUACAUACCGCGGGAAACUGAUGCUUUUUUUUCUCCGAAGACUGCAGAUUCCAUCCGCAUGGUUAAAAUUCUUUUUGUGCAAAAACUAA